UUUAUCUAUAUUGCGUUAGCCUGUAUUAUUAAUCAUAAACAGGUUAAAGUGGACCGAAACUGAAGAUCGUCGUUAAAUUCCGUUCGUUCUUUUCUAAAACAAUUGUUCGAAUGGUUAUCGAUAAGAUGGCCUAGGAUGCACCAGGACCAACCGAUAGAUGUUUCAUUUUGGAUAACAAGGCCGUUUUUCAGAUCUAAAGAUAAAAUUGAUCUUGGCAGAACGCUUAAGAUGUUUGCCUCGAAGGCUCGAACGUCGAAUAGCACCUUUUAUAUGGAAUUGGAAACUGACGAAGUAACAGAUGACAAAGAAUCAGAUUUAAACGAGUCGAAGGAAUAUCGUGACAAAGAUUUCAUGGAUAUUCCUUCUAGCCGUUCUGACGCAACGGUAGAAGAUGAAAAGGUGGGAGAUUACGAUGGACACUCGUUUAGCAAAAUUCCUUCUUUCGGCGGUUUCUCACGAUUUCGUCCAUUUGUGGUGUCAGCUGCAAGUUGUUCCACGGAACAUGUUAAUACGGAGGAGGGAAACGAGGAGGAUGUUCCGUUCGUUCGAGUAUCGCACAGUGUGUUGGAAUAUAGGAGCAGUAGGUAUUUAGCAACGGAUAGGAAUUCUCGUCGGUAUGCGGUGGAGUCGUACACCAUUAGUGAAUCGGAGAGCGAAGAAGAAUCGGAGGGUGUGAAAUCUUCGGAAACGGAUUCCGCGAUAGUUGUGGAUCCUACUGAUUCGUACGAUUCGACUCUGGAAUUAAGAUCGGCCGGUAGGACAGACCGUUCAGAUUCGAGGAGGAAAAAGGCACGUCGAGUUGCCGAAGAAUUGUUGGCUACCGAAAAGAAUUACGUGAACGUUUUGCGAUUGAUCGACCAAGUGUUCCAGUUCAAAGUCGAUCAAGAGAAUAGAGCGCAUCCUAUGUUCAAUAUCAAAUCGAUCUACAAGUUUCACAAUGAUUUUCUAUUACCCCAAUUUGAAGAGAGGAUGCAACAUUGGGAGUCGGAUCCUAGAAUCGGAGAUAUAAUGAAAAACUUUGCGCCCUUUCUGAAAAUGUAUACAGAAUACGUGAAAAACUUCGAUUACGCGAUGAACUUGAUACAAACCCUGCAAAGUAAAGUCGUCAGGUUUGCUGCAAUCAUCGGCGAGAUUCAAAAAUUGGACGUGUGUGCCAAGUUAUCGUUGCCUCAUCACAUGUUGAGUCCUAUACAAAGAUUACCAAGAUACGAGCUCCUUCUGAAAGAUUACCUGAGAAACCUCACAGAAGAAAGUGCAGAUUACGAGGAUACUAAAAAAGCGUUGGAAUUAGUAUCUACCGCUGCUAAUCACACGAAUGAUGCAAUGAAGAAGAUUGACAAGUUCAAAAAGCUCCUUGAAAUACAAGAGAGCAUAUACGAUACGACGGAUCUAGUCAGUGCUACGCGGGAGCUAAUAAAAGAGGGCCGUAUCGUUAAAAUUUCAGCAAGGAGCGGUGAUCAUCAGGAAAGGCAUUUAUUUCUGUUUAGCGAUUUAUUAUUACUUUGUUCGAUAAGAUUAAUACCUGGGCCAUUGUAUCGAUUGAGAGCUAAAUUCCUGAUUGAAAAUUUACAAGUGUUCGAAGGCGACAAUUUAGAAACGGCAAAUACUUUUUAUAUAAGGGACGAAGAUAAAAGUGUCGAACUGUACACGCAUGCGGCUGAGGAGAAGGCAGCGUGGCUUGGCGCGUUGGUCGACACUAUGCAAGAAAUGACGAGAAGAAAAGCGAGUUUAAAAACUGGAAAUGCUAAAGCUCUCGUCGUAAAGACCGACGAUGUGUCCAGAUGUAUGAUAUGCGAGGUCAUUUUUUCUGUAAUGAAAAGAAAGCACAACUGUAGAGCUUGUGGAAUAGUUGUUUGCGGCAAAUGUUCGAAUCAGAAGUUAUUGUUCGAGGAUAAUAAGAAUAUGAGAGUUUGUCGUUUGUGUCAUGCUGCUUUGACGCAACCGCUUGUCAAGUCGCCCUCUUCGACAUCUCCGUCCGGACCGGUACCAAGUUUAUUGCAAGUUUCAGCAAGCGCAUCUUCGGUUAUAUCCGGAUAUCUUAUGUUGAAAACUCAACCGAGCAAGCCUUGGACGCGACGAUGGUUCGCGUUACACGUUGAUUUUGUUUUGUACACUUUUAAGUCUGAAAGUGAGAAUAUGGCUCUGACAGCGACACCGAUGCCUGGUUUCGUUGUCACGGAUGGUAGCAAUUUGUCCGACGAGGAUCCGUUAAGUUCCAAGGAUAGAUCGAAGGCUCUUAAAAUGCAUCAUUCUAGGAAAAGUUACUAUUUACAAGCAUCGUCGGAUGAAGAUAAGCAGAAAUGGUUUUAUGCUUUGCAAUUAGCCACUAAAGCAGAAUUACCUUCGUUCGAGACGACGGGAAACGACGAAGACGCACAAAAAGACCAAUUAAUAAUAGUUGAUGCGCGAUAAACAGGAUAUUCGUAAGAUCUUGUCCAUGACGUAGGUCAAUCUUUUACUGCCGUUAUCGUGUAAGAUCGCA